ACAAACGAAAAUUGUGCAAGGGAAAGGUUUUUGCUCUCCAAAGCGAGCGUCCACAUGCGCUCUAGGUUCCUUCUUUCUCACCAAAUCGAAUAUAGUUCGGUCUACGUCUCUUCGAAGGUGUUCCAUUCAUGCCGCUUGGAUCUGCGUUUAAUUAUGCCUGGCCAUUUUCUUGCUUAAUACGCAGCCGGCAUUUGAUCGACGUAUGUCCCACUUUUGCAGACGAGUACUCGCUUUACUUCUUCGAGUGGGAUUUUGGUUCUCGAAGCACUGUGAGUGGGAAAGGAGCCUUUUUUUUUUGGCAAAAUUGAAGUUUGGAUCGUCGGAUACGUGUGCGUUCGACGGCUCAAGUAGGGAUUUUACACUAUUGAUAGGGGAACUUUAUUUUGCGAUAUUUUGAUGUGGGUUUGAGAAAGAAUUGUGGAAGGAAUAUUUUUCUUGUAAAAUUUCUUUUUACAAUGGAGCCUCCAAGGGGGUUUUGGUCGACUCUUUGGAGGCUAUUCUACUUCUUGCCCUUCUUCCUGGGUCUGCUACUUCUGGGCAGCAUUAAAGGUGUUUUGCUUUGCCCCAUUGUCUGUCUUAUCAUGACUACGGGCAAUUCUGCUAUCAUUUUGGGUCUUUGGCCUGCACAUGCAUUUUGGACAUUUUAUUGUAUUGGAAGGGCCAAACAGCUAGGACCUGUUCUUAAACUUGUACUCUCUGUUGCUGUAUCUAUUGCUUUAGUUUUGUGGCCAUUGAUGGGUAUCUUGGGGAGUGUCCUAACUGGAGCAGGGUAUGGCUUUUUGAUGCCAGUAAUGGCUACAUUUGAUGCUAUUGGGGAAGGAAGAGAAGAUAAGUUUCUUCAUUGUAUUCUGGAUGGAACUUGGAGUACAAUCAGGGGAAGCUGUACGGUUGUUAGAGAUGUGAAUGAUGUUUGCUUUCAUUCAUACUUCUCAAUCAUGGACGAUCUGUAUCUGCAAGAUGCUCGAAAUGGCAUACCAUACGAGAUCAGGUUAAGCUGCCUUCCUGGCGCCCUUUUAGCUGGUGUUGUUGGAAUUCUCGUUGACCUGCCGAUGAUUAGUGUAAUUGCGCUGUUUAAGAGCCCAUACAUGCUUUUGAAGGGAUGGAAUAGGCUUUUUCAUGAUCUUAUUGGCCGUGAAGGCCCAUUUCUUGAGACAGUAUGUGUGCCUUUUGCUGGCCUUGCCAUUCUCCUCUGGCCAGCAGCAGUUGUGGGUGCAGUUCUUGCUUCAACCAUCUCAAGUUUGUUUUUAGGGGGAUAUGCGGCUGUAGUUGCUUAUCAGGAGUCAUCCGUCAAGAUGGGCAUGGCAUACAUAGUCUCUUCCUUGUCAGUGUUUGAUGAAUACAGCAAUGAUGUUCUUGACUUGCCCGAAGGAUCUUGCUUUCCCAGGUAUCAGUAUCGUGCUAACCAACCACCAUCAAGAAGUAGCACAUUCUCAAGGUUUUCCUCUUUCGCUCAGGGAAAACAAGAUUCCAAGAAUCCUUCAAGAACCGCAUCAUUCAAGAAUGCUAUGGCUGAAGUGAAGCCGUUGAAGUUGCUUGAGUACCUUUUUGCUGAGUGCAAGUUGCAUGGUGAGAAUCUGGUUGUCGAAGGAGUUAUAACUCCCAAAGAUGUUAAGGAGUUUAAGUCUGGUAAAGCUGGCAACUCCAUCAUAGGCAUUGGUUUGCCUGCGUAUUGUAUUCUACAAGCACUUGUUCUUUCUGCAAAGGAGAAUGCGGAUGGUCUGCUCCUAAGCGAUAACACAGAAAUAAUGACCCAAAACAGGCCCAAAGAUGCCUUCUUUGAUUUCUUCUUUGAUCCACUGAUGAUCAUCAAGGAACAGAUCAGGGUUGAGAACUUCACUGAAGAGGAGGAGGACUUCCUUUCUAAGCUGGUUUUGUUACUAGGCCAUCCCGAGAGAUUGAGCCGUGUACCUGUUGCUCCGCCACAUCAAAACGAGCGAAGAAUAGCUGAAAUCAGCGCCAUAGCUCGGAGGUUGCGAGGAAUCACAAAGUCUAUAUCAAGGUAUCCCACUGUGAGGCGCCGAUUUGAUGAACUCCUCAAGUCAUUCUCUGAGGAGUUGGAGAAGAAGAUGGGAGGAAGCCAACCUAUCAAUCGAUUUCAAUCAAGUCGAAGUUUCGUAAGGGCAUUUAGCUCGAGUUCUUUGGAAAUUAAAGCUACCACGCAAGAGAUGGACGAGGAGGCACAGUUAGCAAGCAGCUCCAUGGUUCAUACUUAAUGGUAGUUUGGUUAGCUUUAUUUACUUUAUUUUUAAUAUGCCCCACCAUGUUUUAAAAUGGAUUUUUAUCAGAAGCAAAAUUCGAUGAAGAUAGUUAUUUGAGGCAUCAGAUCUGAUGAAUGAGCUACAUGGUAUAUGUUAUAUAUUUGUAUGAAUGAAUAUGUAUACACAUUUAUUUGUAUAUUUGGAAUGAAAAUUUUUCU